UUUUCGCAAAGGCUUGUGGGUAGGUUGGUUUUGAAUAGGGAAGAUGGCAGCCGCGGCAGUGGUUGAGUUUCAGAGAGCUCAGUCUCUUAUUAGUACGGAUCGAAACGCAUCAAUCGAUAUUUUACAUUCAAUAGUCAGGCGAGAUGUUCAGCAAGAUGAUGAAGAGGCAGUGCGUGUUAAAGAACAGAGCAUCCUGGAGCUUGGCACUCUCCUGGCUAAGACAGGACAAGCUGCAGAGCUUGGUGGUCUCCUGAAGUUUGUCAGACCUUUCCUGAUCUCCAUAAGCAAGGCAAAGGCGGCACGACUGGUGCGCUCUCUGUUGGAUCUUUUCCUGGAUAUGGAGGCAGCCACAGGACAAGAGGUUGAGCUGUGUCUGGAGUGCAUUGAGUGGGCCAAAGCUGAGAAGAGGACAUUCCUCCGACAGGCUCUUGAGGCUCGUUUGAUCUCACUUUACUUUGACACUAAGAGGUACCAGGAGGCUUUGCAGUUGGGCUCCCAGUUACUCCAGGAGCUCAAGAAGAUGGAUGAUAAAGCUUUACUUGUGGAAGUCCAGCUACUUGAGAGUAAAACUUAUCAUGCACUCAGUAACUUGCCCAAGGCCAGAGCUUCCCUUACCUCUGCCAGAACCACAGCCAAUGCCAUCUAUUGUCCACCCAAACUCCAGGCGGCUUUGGACAUGCAGUCAGGCAUUAUCCAUGCUGCUGAAGAGAAGGAUUGGAAAACAGCUUAUUCUUACUUCUUUGAGGCUUUUGAAGGCUAUGAUUCCAUUGACAGCCCCAGGGCCAUAACUGCGCUGAAAUACAUGCUUCUCUGCAAAAUAAUGCUAAACUUGCCAGAGGAAGUCCAGUCCUUGAUCAGUGGCAAAUUGGCCUUGCGUUACGCCGGGAGACAGACAGAUGCGCUAAAGUGUGUAGCGCAAGCCAGCAAGAACAGGUCAUUAGCAGAUUUUGAAAAGGCGCUGACUGAGUACACAAAAGAGCUGAGAGAUGAUCCCAUCAUCAGCACACACCUGGCCAAACUCUAUGACAACCUGCUGGAGCAGAACCUUAUCCGGGUCAUCGAGCCCUUCUCCAGAGUACAGAUAACACACAUAUCAGAUCUCAUCAAACUCUCAAAGGGUGAUGUUGAGAGAAAGUUGUCACAAAUGAUCCUGGACAAGAAGUUUCAUGGCAUCCUUGACCAAGGUGAGGGAGUCCUGAUUAUAUUUGAGGAGCCUCCUGUUGAUAAGACCUACGAGGCAGCUCUUGAAACUAUCCAGAACAUGAGCAAAGUUGUGGACUCACUGUACAACAAAGCUAAGAAGUUAACAUAGAACAAACACAAAGGAUGCUGCUCUGCAGAGUGGAUGUGUGUGAGUGUAUGUCUGCAUGUGUGUGGCCAACAUGUGGAAACUUUUUUUUUUUGUCAAGGCGAGAAGGGACAAUGUAGAGUAAGAAUCACAAAUUUCAACGGGAUUCACUUGUUCCAACUGAGUUUUUAACUCCUCUUUCAAUGGACAAUUUCAUCCUUCUCUUCUUAAUUUUGAUGGUUUUUUCCUCCCCGAUGUAUCUCUCAUCGGCCAACAUGGCCAUCAGGGAAUAUUGUACAACUACAAUAAAGUCUCAUAAAGUCACCGUA